GAAAGCAGCAGGCGCUCCACGGAGAGAAGGUCCUAGAGGCCCCAAUUCCUCUGAAACUUCAGCCAGAGAAAGGGCCACCCAUCGCUGUCACACUUCCCCAGGGAGGUCUUGCUCGUGACUUACUCCUGAGACCCAUUUCACAUAGAGCCGCACCAUGAGGCUUGCCACCAUCAUUGUCCUCUGCUCUUUGUUCCUGGGAGUCCGUGGUGAUGGCUGGUAUUCAUUCUUCAGGGAAGCCGUACAAGGGACUUGGGACUUGUGGAGAGCUUAUCGGGACAAUGUAGAAGCUAAUUACCAAAAUGCAGACCAAUACUUCUAUGCUCGUGGGAACUACGAGGCCCAACAGAGGGGAUCUGGGGGCAUCUGGGCUGCUAAAAUAAUCAGCACCGGCAGGAAAUACUUCCAGGGCCUCCUAAACCGGUAUUAUUUUGGAAUCAGGAACCACGGAUUGGAAAGCCUGCAGGCUACCCAGAAAGCUGAGGAAUGGGGCCGCAGUGGCAAGAACCCCAAUCACUUCCGACCCGAGGGUCUUCCUGAGAAGUUCUGAGCCUGCCACUCAGGCAGCACUCAGUGGGCCAGGCUGUGAGCCACCACCCUCUCUCUGUGAUAGGAUGGCACUCGGCUUGGUGUCCUCAAGAAGCACGGAAGCCGGGUGGUGGUGGGUUCAAGGCCAGCCUGGUCUACAGAGUGAGUUCCAGGACAGUCAAGACUACACAGAGAAAUCCUGUCUUGAAAAACAAAACAAAACAAAACAAACAAACAAAAAGCACGGAGAAGCUCGAGAUGCCCAGUAAACACUUGGCAGAUUGAAUUUGUCGAUGGAAACAGGCAACUCUCAGAGGUACUUUCUGGGAAGAAAGGGUUGCUAUGGAUCUCAGAAGAUAAGCAGAGGAAAAGGUGUGACCACCAAAUAAUGGCCUCAAGCCAUGCAGGCCGCUCACACAACCCCACCAGAUCUGCUCUAGCCUUUAACCACACCAACAUCCAGCUAAGCAUGCUUGAGCUAGCAAAGCAUUGCCCACUAUGCGGGGGGCUUCUCCGAAAAGUGGAGUUUGCUCUGAGAUAAGCCCUGGGAACCUGUCCAUCAACUUUUCCCUGGACACUGGUCAGGUGUCUCCCUCCCUACCCCACCAUCUUCUGAUCACAACCGGUUCUCUGUUUAUUUUAUUGUUGCUCCCACGCAUUUCCGUGUACUGGUGCACCUCUGCCUUAUCAGCCAUGCCCUCUUCACUGACUGCAGGCCUUGUCCCCUGCAACCUCUCUCAAAUAGGGAACACUAUGUUGAGGAUGCCUCAUCUUAACCUUAGGAACUCUAACUUGGAAACUGCACUGGGGACCAGGGACAUAGCUCCGUUGGCAGAGUGCUUGCUUAGCGUUCACGCAUAGAUCUCUAGGUAGAUUCUCAGAACUGCAUAAAUCUGGUGAUGGUAUACAUUUGUAAUCCUAGCACUGGGGAGGCAGAGGCUGACAGACCAGAAAUUCAAGGCCAGCCCUGGCUAUGUAUUGAAUUUGAAUUUGAGGUCAGCCUGGGGUAUAUGAGACUCUCUGUCUCCAUAAAGUGUACAGACACAAACAGACACACACACACCACACCACACCACACCACACCACAUACACCUCCCCACACACACACUAC